UAUUAAAAUUACAGUCGAAUUUAGAUGAAAUCUACACUCACAAAGCUCAAGGAGCAUUUAUUAGAUCUCGUGCAAAGUGGAUAGAAGAAGGUGAGAAGAAUUCAGCUUAUUUCUGUGGAUUAGAAAAAAACAGGCAGGAAAAAAACUGUGAAAUCUUUAUUAAUCAACAACAAAGAAAUUAGUGAUAAUAAAUUAAUAUCAAUUGAAACCUACAAAUUUUACAGCAAUCUCUAUUGUUCAAAAUUCUCUAAAUCUGAUUGUGAAACGUUUCUACAGAAUGUUGCUCAGCAUAUUCCAAAAAUUGAUGAGAAAUACAGAGACACCUGUGAUGGACCCUCACAGUUGCUGAACUUGAUGCUGUAAUCAACCGAUCAGCACUUAACAAAUCUCCUGGUUCAGACGGCCUCACAGCAAACUUUUACAGAAACUUCUGGAUGGAAAUUAGAGAAUCGCUGUUCAAUGUUUUUCUAGAAAUUUUCGAAACUUGCUCUCUCCCAACUACAAUGAGACAUGGUGUUAUAGUUUCUAUUCCAAAACCCAAUAAAGAUCCUAGAAUUAUAGGUAAUAGAAGACCCAUUACGCUCAGGAACUCUGAUUACAAACUUCUAACUUAUAUUUUUGCAUCAAGGCUACAAUCAGGACUUUCAAGUGUCAUUUGUGAAACACAAUCUGGUUUUAUGAAAGGAAGAUCAAUACAUAAUAAUAUAAGGCUGGUUAUGGACUUAAUUGAAUAUUGUAAUCUAAUCCAAGACGAUGGUUUAUUUUCUUUUUGGACUUUUACAAAGCCUUCCAUUCGGUGGAACAUCCAUUUAUUCUUCCUGCACUUGAACGUUUUGGUUUUGGUCUUAAAUUUAGAAAUUUGGUUUGUGGCCUGUAUGAAAACAUAAAGAGCUGUGUUCUUCUUCCAAAUGGUUCUACUCCAAGCUUUAAGGUUGAUGUUGGGAUCCCACAAGGUUGACCAAUUUUUCUCUACUUAUUUCUUCUGGUUACUGAGAUCUUAUCCAUUUAUAUUAAACAAAGCGAUGAUAUUCAAAAACUUAAUGUACUGGGUACAGAAAUUGUGAUCAGCCAAUGAGCUGAUGACACAACAUUAUUUCUAAUAAACACGCUCCACUUAAAACAUCCCCCGCCUGAUAUAUAGUGCCUCCAAGUGCAAGAAAUAAUAAUACAUACUGGACGAUAGACCUACAAAAUGAUACAUCUUCACUACAAUAAAAACUAUCAGGUCAAGAUCAUACACCAAAAAAGGCAGAUCUAUACUAUAUAGAGAUGGCCUGGGUGCAAUAUGAAUGAAGUCCCUCAAGUAGUUUCUGAGAUAUGCUGCAGAAACGAAAUGUGGACGGACAUACGGACGGACGUGCCCACGCCAAUAUCCCCCUUCGUGAAUACGGCCGGCGGGGGUUAAAAAAUAAGGAACAGUUCCCAAAAGUCAUUGAAAAAAUCUGAAAGUUCUCUAAAGCUUCAGGAUUACGUUUAAACCUUAAGAAGUGUGAAAUUCUUUCUCUUCAUGACACCACUACAAAAGAAAUAUGUGGCAUAGCUGUGAAAUCAGAGAUCAAAUAUCUUGGUAUCCAACUCAGUAAAAACAAAAAAAAGUCAAACUAUCAACAUUGAGACAAAACUCAAGGAAUGUAAAACCAAACUCAACAUGUGGCUCCAAAGAGACUGAUCAAUAUCAGGUCGUAUAUAUCUAACAAAGAUGGAGAGCUUGUCAAGGUGCAUUUACCCUCUUUACUCAAAUGCUGUUUCUUCAAAUUUAAUUAAAUCAAUAAACCAAAUUAAUUUUAAUUUCAUCUGGCGUAAUAAACCACAUUAUCUGAAAAAAAGCCAAAUGGUCAAAGAUACAAAUGAAGGUGUCCUAAAAAUGAUUGAUUUAGAACGCCUUAAUGGUACAUUAAAGAUAAAUUGGCUUAAAUCUGGGCUCAAAAAUCAGAACUCCCUAUGGUACUGUAUCCCUAACUACAUUUUUAAAAAACUGGGUGGUCUAAAUCUUUUGCUUGUUUGUGACUUUGAAAUUAAUGAGCUUCCUAUAUCCUUAUCAGAGUUCCACAAGCAAAUCUUACUGUACUGGAAAAUGUUCUAUGUUCACAACUUCUCUCCACAUUUAACAGUAAUUUGGAACAAGCGUUAUGUUCUUCAUCGUAACAAAUCCUUUUAUUAUGAUGACUGGUAUAAAAAGAAUAUCUGGUCAAUAUUACAUCUGAUGGACGAUGAAGGAAAUUUACUAGAUUAUGAACAUUUCUGUGCAAAACACAACUUCACCCCCCCUUUCUUAGAUUUUAUGCGUUUACGCAAUGCUCUUCCCAAAGAAUUGAUCUUUUUAUCCAAAAAUGACCUUGCUCAUCAAAAAACACAAGUUAAUCUCACCUCUCCCACGAUUCAUGGAAUAUCUAUUAUAGAUAAAAAAUGGAGUAACUCUGUUAUUAGAAAAUGUUUUGCAGAUGAAUUAUUUCCUGAGGUACAAAAUAAAAAUGAUAUUCUUUCCAAAUUUGAUAAAAAGACCAUUUCAAUAUUGAGAACAAUGUAUUUAUCCUUUCCAGUUGCUCCUAAGGUCAAGGAAACACUUCAAAAUUAUGAACAUCUAUCCUUCUAAAGAGCUACUUAGAAUUCGUUUUAAUAUACAAGAAAACAGUUGUACAUUUUGUAACGCUGAUGUAGAAACAACAGACCAUCUUUUCUUUCACUGUGGGACAGUACAAACAUUGUGGGAAGACUUACAGAAACCGAUAAAAGAAACAUUUCCUUCAUCACCAUCCUGUUUUCCAAGAGAUGAUAUAACAUUUGGUAUUCUGUUAAAUAACAAAAAAGAAGAACUCUGUAUUAAUGUGAUUUUAUGUAUCGCUAAAUUCUGUAUUCACAAAAGCAAAUGUCAGAAAUGCUCACCCAGCUUUUCCUUUUUCAAAAGUGAACUUAAAUUGUAUUUAAAAUCAUUGAAAUGUAUGAAAGGUCCUAAAGCCAUGAAACUCUUUUCUUAUAGGUGAUGCCCCACUGGACUCAAGUCAACAACAAGAUGACUCCCUUUGAACUACAAACUGAAUUUAUUGUUCUGGACUCAUACCCUUGCACAAUUUGUUGCACUAUUGUUUAUUUUUUUGUCUAAUUAUUGUUUACCUACUUUAUUUUAUUACCUCUUGACUUUGUUCCCAUUUUAAGAGCUUUUCAUAUUUUUCUUUCCAAAGCCAUGGUUGUUAAAUUGUACAAGUUUAUUGUGUAUUAUUAAUUUAAAAAAUAAUAAAAUAAAAUAAAAAGUUCUGUCUGCAGGUAUCAGUCCCUCCAGCAUUUUAUGGGUGUUUUUCCAGAUUGUUGCGGUCGAAAACGCCUGAAUUAAUAAAGAUCUACUUUAUUCAUCAAGGAGGAAAUUACUUUUCCAGAGUACAAUUAACAAUAAACAAUAAACAAAGGUCAGUGGAAUAAACAUAAUUACACAGAGGUUAGGAGUAAAAUAGAAAUAAGAAUAUUAAGUACAAAAUACAAGUUUCUGGAAGUGUCUGAAAAAAUAAGAAUUAAAAUAAACAAGAAAAAUAAAAUGACACAAUUAGAAGAUGUAAACUGAAUACUAAAACUAAUAACAAUAAAGUUUAACAGGAAAUGAAGUGAUGUAGGAGUAAACUAGAGUCUACAGGAAACAGUCUGAUGAUUUUUUACAUGGAAAAGUUUGUUGAUCAUGUAUCACUGCCAAUUUAAGUUCUAACCUCUGAAUUUCUAUGAUCAGACAUUUGCUUCUAACAUCAAUGCAUUUUGAUUUGUGUAUUUUUUGUGUUUUUUAACACAAUUUAAAAAUUCUACUGUACUUCCUGGGUCGAGUUUUAGAAAUAGUUGAUAAAUGAAACGGCUCCAUCUGCUGGUGAGAAAAUGAGACAUCAGCUGUUGAUCAUUUACUGACAAGGAAGAGAAAUGAAACUGAAAGUUCACUUUGUCAUUGUUGAAUGGAGGUGAAACACCAUUACGGAAUAUCUGAGCUGAAAACAUGAACUAGAAAGACUAAACUGCAGUUCUACAACACCGGAGUUUGAGUCUGACUGCUGACGGAGAAUUCAUUCAAACACCAGCAUCUAAAGGAGACACGAUUAACUGCAGUUUUACUGAAAUCAAGUCACCCACAAGACCAGGAAACAGAACUUAAAGUUUACGUUUCUGAUCAGAGCGGAGACGUCGUUACCUGAAACUGUGGGAUCUGUACUGAAGAACACUGACUGGAGGACUGGAAGUCAAAGGGACUGAGUUUUGGUGAGUCUUGUCGUUGAAAAGAAAUCUGGAAAUCAGUGGAAAUGGCUGAGAAAAUUGCUGUAGUUGAAAGUUACCUGAGUUGCCACGUAUGUUCAGAGACUUUCAGAGAUCCUGUGUCUCUGAGCUGCAACCACAGUUUCUGUUCAAGCUGCCUGCAGGAAUUCUGGGAACAAGCUAAAAACAAAAACUGUCCCAUCUGUAAAAGAAAAUCCUCUAAAGAUCAUCUAGUAGUGAACUUUACACUGAAGGAACUGGCCGACUCCUUUGCUGGGAGACAGAAAACUGGAUCAUCUGAAGCAGAAAAAGUGGAGCAGAAAGUGGAGGUGGUGUGUAGUAAACAUCCAGAAGAAACUCGAUUGUUCUGUAAAGAUGAAGACAGAGCUAUUUGUCCUGUCUGUGAGUUUUCUCUCCACCAGAGUCACACAGUGGUUCCUAUAGAACAAGCAGUCAGUGACCUGAAGGAAAAGCUGAAAUCUGACUUAAAGUCUCUGCAGGACAAGAAGGACAAAUACAAACGAGUGGAGGAAACGUACGGAGAAAUGAGAGAACACAACAAGAAUCAGCUGUUGUCCACAGAGAGGCAGAUCAGAGCAGAGUUCAACAAACUCCAGCAGUUCCUGAAGGAGGAAGAGGAGUCCAGACUGGCAGCUCUGAGGGAGGAAGAGGAGCAGAAGAGGAAGACCAUCAGCAGAGAGAUGGAGAGGAUCCAGGAGCAGAUCUCCUCUCUGUCAGACAGCAUCUCUGCUGUAGAAGAAGAGCUGCAGAAACACAACAUGUCGUUCCUCAGAGGUUAUAAAGACGCUCAGACCAGAGCCAGAGCCCAGAGCUCACUGUCAGACCCACAGCUGCUCUCAGGAGCUCUGACAGAUGUGGCCAAACAUCUGGGCAACCUGUCCUUCAGAGUCUGGGAGAAGAUGAAGGAGAAGGUCCACUUCAGUCCUGUCAUUCUGGACCCAAACACUGCAAGCCGCUGGCUCUAUCUGUCUGAUGAUCUGACCAGUGUGAGAGAUGGAGACACAGAUCAGAAACUUCCUGAUAAUCCAGAGAGAAACAUGAAGUAUCCAACAGUUCUGGGCUCUGAGGGCUUCAGUUCAGGGAAACACAGCUGGGAGGUGGAGGUGGGAGAUCAUACUGACUGGAUUAUAGGUUUGGUUAAAGAGUCAGUUGACAGGAAGGGAGAGAUAUAUGCUUCACCAGAAGAUGGAAUCUGGUGUUUAUGGCAUCGCGAUGGAAAAUACACUGAUGUUGUUGGUCAGAAUGUCAGAGAGAAGAAGAAUCUCCAGAGGAUCAGAGUCCAGCUGGACUAUGAGGGGGAGGUUUCCUUCUCCGACUCUGAAGACAUGACUCAGAUCUACACUCACAGAGACACUUUCACUGAGAAACUCUUCCCAUAUUUCGGUAUUGGAAAAUCUGGAUUUGCCAAAACUACUGAUAUUAAAAUCUGUCCCUCUGAGAUUUCUCUGAUGAUCAGGAAAGUUCUUUAA